CUACAUCCUUCCCAUUUCUCUCUUCUGGCUCUGAACACUAAUCAGUCUUUCUCAGAAGAACAGUAACGUAACAGUGUUAUUCACAAUGGGAAGAGCACCGUGUUGUGACAAAAACGGCCUGAAAAAAGGUCCAUGGACUCCGGAGGAAGAUCAGAAGCUCGUUGAUUAUAUCCAGAAACACGGUUAUGGCAACUGGAGGACGCUUCCAAAGAAUGCAGGACUGCAAAGAUGUGGAAAGAGCUGCCGUCUCAGGUGGACCAACUAUCUGCGGCCUGAUAUCAAACGAGGAAGAUUUUCUUUUGAAGAGGAGGAGACAAUUGUUCAACUGCAUAGCAUUUUGGGCAACAAGUGGUCUGCUAUUGCUGCUCGUUUGCCUGGAAGAACUGACAAUGAAAUCAAGAACUACUGGAACACCCACAUUAGGAAGAGGCUUCUCCGAAUGGGAAUCGAUCCGGUUACUCACAGUCCUCGGCUUGAUCUGCUUGACUUCUCUUCCAUUCUAUACAACUCUUCUCAUCAUCACCCUCAAGUAAACUUUUCAAGGUUGCUUGGGAUGCAACAAAUGGGACUCAACCCUGAGCUACUAAGGCUAGCCACGAUCCUAUCAUCUCAUAGAGAAAGAAAUUCAAACUUCUUCAUUCAAAAUGACCAGCAGCAGCAUCUUUGCAGUCCCCAAAAUGAUCAAAUCCCAGUACAGCUAGUCCAAUCUAGCCAGCUCCAAGAACCCUUUCAAGAAAACGUUCCAGUUUGCGCCACAUUGAACACCGGUGAUAUUCCAUUUCCUCAUGAAGUACAACCACCAACCAUUACUGAUUUCAGUUCCCAAAAUUGCCAAAUAAGUGAGUGGCAAAGUAAUGGCGAGGCCCCUUCAAAUUUUACUGAAAACCAAUAUGUUCAAUUACCAAGCUUGACAUAUUAUGAUGGGUCGUCGGAUCACCAGAUCGUCAGUGAUGUUUCACCCGAAACUUCGAAUUUGUACUCCUACAACAGCAACAACCAGAAUUUCAACUUCACUUCGGUGUUUUCAACGCCUUGCUCAAGCCCAACGCCUUUGAAUUCAAACUCGACUACAUACUUCAACAGCGGCACAGAGGAUGAACGUGAGAGCUACUGUAGCAACAUGUUGAAGUUUGACAUCCCAAACAUUUUGGAUGAUUUCAUUCAUGUGUAAUUAAUCAAUGUCAGGAUCAAACUGAUCCCAAUUGAUGAAGCAUUUUCGCAGUUCAUACGUGUAAAAUUUAGCAAAUAAUUAUUAGCUCGAGCAAUUUUCUUAAUCUUACUGUAUUCGGAAGCAAGUUCUUGCCCCUUGUUUUUUAAUUAAGGAAGGUUUCCAUAA